CUCACCGAUUAUUUUCUAAUUAAUUUAAAAAAUGUCGUGUUGUGACAAAGCUAAAAUAAUUAAAUGGUGUUUUAGUGGCUUUAUGCUACACCAAGAAAAUAGGCUCACUGAAUUUAUUGUUUAACAAAACAAUUUUGCUCUUUUCGGUCAUAAAACAAAUCGGGCAUAAUCACACUCACGUGUCAACUUGUCAAGCUUUUAACCUCAAAAAGUAACCUCACUUUUGACCAUGUAAAAUAUGAGGUUCAGUAAUUUAUUUUUGAUGUAUUCGAGACGUGCAGUGUGUGUAAGAUCAUUAGUGACGCCCUUACGUUAUUUUCAAGUAAAGAACCAAAAAUGUGACUUGGCUCGACAUCAAUUAUCCACUUGUGCCCCCUUGAAAAUGAGGACGUAUCGCGAUGACAGUUCCUCGGAUGAAGACUUGGAUUACGGUUACAUAAGCACACUGAAACAGGAGGGCUACGUCCGGGAUUUGUUGUACAAAAACACCAAAGAUAUUUUACUCAAUCGCAUUUAUUGUUGUGUCUCAGUUCAAGAGUUGUUUAAUGUGAUAGAGCGCAAUUCGCAUUUUUACAGGUGUGAGGACAUUACACAGACAGUGUUUGUGUUGUAUGAUUUAAUGCGGAUUUUUUGUGACGUUGCUGUUGCAAACAGAAAAAGUUUAACAGAGGCCAAAGACGAGUUUUUAAAUAAUCUUCUCGCCAAUAGUACCUUCCAAAAGUUGCUCCAAAUCACUGAGGAGAAAAUCCACACUUUUGAUAGCAAUACGUUGAGUUAUUGUCUACUCUAUUUGAGAAAGUUGGGCUUGGAUGUUGAGAUAAAACCAGUCCAAUUAAUGAAUGAAACAAUUAGGAAAAAACUUGAGAAAGAGUUUUUGAUAGCUCCUGCCUCACGAUACUUGGAAACGAUUUUUAAUGAAGUUAACUUAAGGUCGUACUUUAUGGCGCAAGAACUGAUCCCUCUAGUCCUUAAUGAAAUUGAUCGUUGUGAGUCUCCAAAGGGCCUCCAUGAUCUUACUGUAAGUCUCAAUAAAUUACACAGAGUUGUAACAAACGAAACAUUAGAUAAGUAUAAAGAAAAAGUUGAGAAUUUUAUUCAAAGUGGAUUGUUAACGUCGUCAGACUAUAAAGUGGUUCUACAAAUUAUAGCGUUUUUAAAUUACCCCAAAUGGAGGGAAAAAAACUCAGUCCUAAUCUCCAAAUGCAUCUUACUGAUAAAAAAUAAUUUAAAUGACUUGAAUAUGGAUGAAAUUAUGAUGUUGUAUGAGACGUUUUUUAAAAUCCAAGAACCAGGCGAAAUCCUCAAUAGUCUCCAACGUUGCUCGUCUAAGUUUUUCCACCAACUGGACGAAACCCCGACAGCGCAAAAACUAACACUUUUCUCGAUAAUAGUUUAUUUCGCGUCUCCAAAUUUGCGAACCGACUUUCAAAACAUAUUGAAAAAAUAUGUAAACGAGUGCAACGAUUACGACAAUUUGAUGAUUUUGCGCAAAUUAUUGUCAUACGUGAAAGUCACAGACGAGAGACUUUGUAGUUUGUUUUGGGACAAAGUUUUAAAAUUUGUAAACAAAGAUUUAGACAUAAUUAAACUAACCCAGAACUACAUUAAUUUUAGUAACGACACGGGGAAUUACAGACAUUUCGAAUUCGAAACUACUGUUUUAACAUUAAUUGGUGAUUUAGUUCAAGAGGCGAAUUAUAAGUUCUUCCCCCAAAAAUUAUCGAAUCUGUUAAGUUUUGUUUUAUUGUACGGUGAGGAUCACAGUUUGCUUCAGCAUUUGGUGGCGAAGUUGGAAGAGAGUUGGGAGCAACUUCAAUACAUUGAUUGUUUGAGGCUCGCUUUCACACUGAAAGUUUUCAAUACGGUGGAAAAUAAGUACAAGAAAUUGCCAUACGCGAAGAGGAUUAAUCGUGUCCUUAACGAAUUAAUCAAUAAAUUGGCGGCAGAUAGCGUUAACGACUUGUGGAAAAAUAACGCGCUUCUCAAAGCUUGUAUUUACAUGCACAGAGCCGAUGCGAUUGCUACAAACAGGUUAUUUAACAAUUUUAAAUGUUUCGAUCACAUUUCGUCGAAAAAUAUCGAAAAUAUUUACUAUUGUUUCCUUAUGGCCAACUCUCUCAUACCGGAAGUCUUAGAUAAUUUAACUGAAUAUAUCGUUACUUACAAAAACCACGUUUUGGGUUUUAAUGUCGCACGGGUGGUUUACCUGUGUUACUCUUUGGGUUAUCAACCGAAAAAAUCAAGCGAAUUUUUCGAAACUGCCAUCAAUGUUAUAAUUAGAGAUCAGGAACGGAUGACGGGCCUAUCGCUAAUUUACACAGCUGUGGCUUUAUGUUUCUUCAACCAACUGCCAAAUUCGUUAAUAAAGUCAAUUUUUAACGAGGAAUUUAUGGACAAGCUCGACAGUGAGUUGCAAAAGUGUUACUACAAGGAUAAAUAUCCACAAAAAGUUCGUUACAAUUUAAUGGAACUCAAUCGUGCGGUUUGCUUGGACUAUCCCGCAAGCAACGUUCCGUGGUUCCACCAAAAAUACGUUGAUGAAAAUAUCAAAGGCCAGGCAGUGAAAAUCACACUUUUCGGGAAAAAAGUGAGAGAAUAUUUGAAAAAAAUCAUCUCAAGUUCGGGCCUCGCCGAAAAUGUUAUCACAGCUUAUGGUUACAAAGUCGAUUUUGUGGUCAGUUUAAAUUCGCAAGACAAGGUCGUUGAGGAGUCCCAAGCUGUGAAAAGACUGGCCUUGUUGUUACUGCCCGAGUUUGCGUGCACUAAAAUUGUGACUCGGCUAAAAGGUCCUUUCCAGAUGAAAAAACGCCACUUGGAAAUCCUGGGGUACAAAGUGAUUUUUGUUAAAUCAAGCGACUGGAUUGAGCUAUAUUACGCCGAAGAUAGAGUGGAUUUUUUGAAACAAUUAAUUUGGCCGAAUUGUAACACGACGAAUUUAAAUAAAAACGUUAGAUAAAAUUUGUGUUUUUGUGGGUAAAAAUUUAUCGCGACUUUUUCGCUUUUAUUCCAAUCACCUCGAAUUCAGUGUGGUUUCACGAUGCCUAAAGAGAAGUUCGGUUAUCCGGUUAUGAGCAUUAACCCUAGGGCCAUUUUGCGCCUUAGGAUACUCAAUGAAAACAACCGAGUCAUUUACCAACUGCCUGACGAUUUUGUCGAUAAAUAUCUUUGUAAAAUCGUCGAUAAGGUCAUAGAGGUAAUUCGGGACCCGGAUUACAAACACGAACCCGAAGAAGCGACGCAUGUAAUCACCGGUGACUUUUUCGUUUCUUUCAAACCCGAGGUGUUGGAGUUCUUAAGACUGCAUCAACUUGAACUGAUUUAUCCUCUGAUGAUGCAAGCUUGCACCACUUCGCUCACACGCAAUGCACACGACGUCGAAAUGUGCGAUAUUCAGCCGAUUAUCGCCACGAAAUACAAGGUGUGGAUCAAAGGGAGCUCGGUUGAAUAUUUUGUGCAAAACAGGGCUCGUCCGAGAAGAGUUAACACUCAGAGAUGGGUGCGCUCCCGGAUUAUGAUCCACAGCAAGGUGAGGAACUUGGACGCACCUCCUCUUAUACUGAAUUUAACAAACUGUAAUUAAUUAAUCUUGAUUAAAUGAAUUUACGUGAAA